AUGUCGGGAAGAGAUAAAGGUGAAAUUUUGAAAUCUGAGAUGCCGGUCAGGAAAGUUUCAAAUACAACUGAAAAGCCAAAGGCUAAAGUAUCGGUACAAUUGGAGAGAGCAGCAUCGAAAAAACAGCCAAAUAUUGAUUCAAAAUUAUCGGAGGCAUCGUCACUACUACAGAAAGUUAAGGGUAAGAAGGAAAAGACCAAGAAACAAGCACAAACGAUUGAGCCAAGCUUGGUGGAAUCACCAAGUGUGAUUGCAAUUUCGAAUUUAAGAUGCCCAUCGCCACCUCCAAUUUUACGGCAUCCGAGCCAGAAUGCUGUGCCAGAUGCAAGCAACAAAGUUGCAGGCGACGAUGAGAAAGAAAGCGAGGAUACUGAUUUGAAGGAUAGUGAUAAUAAAGAGAAACAAUUAAAGGGGAAGGAACAAGUGCAUAAAGAAAAUGCAGGGCCAAAGGCUGGAGUCCGGGUUAGUGCACCGAUCGGUGUUUCUGGAAUAGCAUUAAGGAAAAGAGUGGCUGUCCAUGCCUUAACUGCAGCGAUGGCUGCAAGAACUGCACGGGUAUUAAACAAAGAGUCUCAGGAAAGUGAGACGAACUUGAAGAGUGGUUUAGUGACAAAUCCAAAGGUCACAAUUUCAAACACGAAAGUGGCGUCUCCCCAACCGCAGCGGCCAAAAUUAGAAACGGUAUCUCAACUAACGGAAUCUCUCAAACUUCCACAGCCGGAUAUAUCGCAUCAUAAAGCACCAUCAAUGCACGCCCAUUUUUAUGUGGAAGAUACUUUGAAGCAUGGUGCAAUUCGUUCGAGGAGUGCCUCGGGCUCAAACAGCGAUAUACACAGCAUUGCUGAGCAUACUGUAGUUACUCCGACCGGUCAAUCUGCCACUCGGGGCAACGCGAAAAGUCCAUUUUCUUCGCAGACAUCAAUUUCUUCCGAUGCUGUGUCAUCUCCAGGGUCUGCAACAAUUAAUGCAGGACCAAUUCCUCCGGGAACUCCGACACCACUAAAUGUUGAUGCACGGCUUCCACACGAUGAUGGUAAAUUGCACAUUUUGUUUGGUGCAUGCGGAUCGAUAUCGAUUAAUAAAACGCGUCUGAUCAUACGGAAACUCGAGGAGAUAUAUAAGGACAAGGUUUCGAUACAGCUCAUUCUCACGAGGUCUGCUGAGCAUUUUGUAUCCAGGGGAGAAUUCUCAUCAGAUGUGAUCAUUUGGAAGAACAGUGAUGAAUGGACUACGUGGCAUAGCAGGACUGAUCCGGUGAUUCAUAUUGAGCUCAGAAGAUGGGCUGAUAUACUCAUUGUUGCGCCACUUUCGGCAAACACUCUCAGUAAAAUAGCUAUUGGAUUAUGCGACAAUCUUCUCACGAACGUGAUCCGCGCAUGGAACACACAAUAUCCAAUAUUACUUGCUCCAGCAAUGGUGUCGUUUGCCUACAAUUCACCUGUUACGAAAAGACACGUGAAUGUGAUAAAGAAUGAGAUGAAAUGGAUAGACAUUUUAAAGCCAACUGAGAAGGUUGUUAGUAGUUAUGGUGAAAUAGGUAUGGGAGGAAUGAUGGAUUGGAAUGAAAUCGUCGAUAGAAUAGUACAGAAGUUAGGUGGUUAUCCGGAGGAGGAUGAUGAUGAUAAUGGAAGUAAUGGCAAUGAUGAUGAUGAGGGUGAUGAUGAUGAUGAUGAUGAUGAUGAUGAUGAUGAUGAUGAUGAUGAUGAUGAUGAUGACGAUGAUGAUGAUGAUGACGAUGACGAUGACGAUGACGAUGAAAAUAAUAGUAGUAGAGGGAAAAGCAGUGCAAAGGAUGAUAUUGAAGCAGAAGCUGACGAGGAUAAUAAUGAUGAGGAUGAUAAAGAUGUGAUUCAGAACUCAGAAGAAGAAGAAGAUGAUGAUGACAAUGAGAAUGCCAUUGCGGAUGACGACGAUGAUGAUGAUGAUGACGAUGAUGAUGAGGGAUCCUUAGCCUUGGGAGUUCGGAAGAUUACUGUUGCCGAGGAAGAUGAAAUUAAUGACAGCCAGGAUCGGCACUCUUUACCUUAA